AUGACGCUGCUGCAUAACCCGCAGUGUUCUUCGCAAACCGCGGUGCCUCCGCUCGAGGUGGCGCCACCGCCGGGCUGCAAAGCGCUGCGCUUCACAGCACCGCGCCGGCGUCCCAUGUUCAACAAGCGGCUCUCGGACGCACAGAAGAGGCGUUGCCCUGAGAUUAAGCUGAGGCAACCAUUCACUGGCCUGCCACCGCCGCUGCCGAAACGUGCCGCUGACGUCAUGGAAAGGGUGCAGACACUGGAACUUUGCACGCUCAUAGAUGACGAGGCGGCCCGGCUGACCUCACCUGACGCUCCGCAUUGUCACAUCAUCGAUGAGGUGAUGGAUGCUCUCUUUGAAAACUUCUGCACGGCACCGCAGCGGUGCGCAUGGAAUACACCUGCCCCACGCCCAGAGUGGAAGGAUGAGUUUCGACUCAAGAGCGAGUGGUGGGUCUCUAUGCGCAUCUUACCUUGCACCGUGANAUACACCUGCCCCACGCCCAGAGUGGAAGGAUGA